CAACUGCGCAUGCCCAGAUUCCCGGCCGGGCGGGAGGGCGCGUGUCCCUUAUUCCCGUAUCCCGGAGGAAGGAGAUGGGGGCCAGGCUCGCCCGCGGCCUGCGGAAUUUCAACCUGGAGCAGCGGGUGGCGAGGGAGGUGGGCAGGGACAAGCCCCUGGCCGCCCCCACCCAUCCCACCGCCCGGGAUCUCAUUGGCGACCAACUGAGACGCCACCCAGAAAUUCGAGAAGAAGUGACCAAAAAGGAUGACAAGCUCCUGACGCUGUUAAAAGGAGUUUACGUGGACUCCCACGAGCCUGGUCUUCAGAGGCAGGAAACCACAGGCCAGACUCCACGGGGGACAGCGAGAAACCCAGAGGUCCGAUUGCCGAAAGGAAAUCAUUUAAACCUUUCGGAAGUCCGGAACAUUCCCAAAGGCAAGAUUUCGGUGGUGGAGGCGCUGAUGAUCCUCAAUAACCACAAACUCCAUCCGGAAACCUGGACUGCCAAGAAAAUCGCUCAGGAAUAUCAACUGGAGCUGGGAGAGGUGGAGUCCCUACUCAGAUUCUUCAUCGUCUUCGAUAUGGAGAUCUUUUCCCCGGAUGGGGAACCUAGGAAAGCAAUCGGAGCUAAAUGAAAGGAACCAACUCCUCAAAGAACCUUUGAUUCCUCUCCUGCGCCGUCCUCGGGCUGCUCGAUUGUACGAUAAAGUCGACGGAGAGCGGAAAACCGUCCACUUUCCCCAAGAGACUGGCUGGGCGGAGGAAUAGUGGCCCGGUAACCAGCAUAUAGUAGCGUGAAUUCCGGACGUGUUAGCAGGGAGGAUUUUGCAUGGGGAAUUUUACUAUUCCGGCCUGGCGGAGCGUAUGACUGGGUGAAAACAGUUCCGGUCUCCUGACGAUUUUCUUGGAUCCUUCAUCUCUGUACAAUUAAAAAAAAAAAAAAAAU